AUGAAUUACGGGCGUAAAACGCCGUCGACGUACCGGUCGACACCGUCGGUCUACUCCCACAUUACCAGCCGAUCCCAGUCGAACCUGCACUCGCAGCGAUCGCGAUCGAUGAAAUCCGUCAUGAUCCCGUGGUACCAGAAGCCGAUCCUGCACAACAACAAAUAUCUGGACAUUCAGCGGGGUGCCUUCAUCAUGGGACUGUUCGCGAUCUUCGUUGCGAUUUUCACGAUCGGCACGGCCGUGUUUGACAUCUACUGCCUAGCGUUGGCAGCGCCCGGAUCGUCCCACUACGGUUACUACAUCAUCUCGUACGAGUUUGUGUACGUUGGCAACGUGCACGUGCGGAACGCACUGAUGGUGGCGGCCCUGUUCUCGCUGAUCGGUGGCCUGGUGGUGCUGGUGACGAGUAUCAUGCUGGUGCACGCACUGCGCAAGGAAUACGAAUCGAAGAUCGUACCGUGGCUGUGGUCGUUCGCCAUCUUCACGCUGUUCCGCCUGUUGGCGUUCCUGUUCUUCUCGAUCGUGAACGAUCUGAUCUUCGCGUACAACAUACUGAUCACGCUGAUCUGGAGCGUCGUCAUUGUCGCAUCGAUCUACGGCUGGCUGAUGGUGUACUCGCUGUAUCUGGAGCUGGCCGAUCUGACGAAGCUGGAAGAUCUUGCCCACCUGCGAAUGGGUACGAUGCAAUCGCUGAACGCCUCCGUUGCACACUCGCUGGCCGGUUCGCGGCCUACGACACCGCACAGUACCGUCUCGACCAUGCCGGUGGGAGACACGAAGUUCAUCUAA